AACAGGAAGUUGUGCAAUGAGGUUACCUGAGCCCUCGGGUCAGCUGGUGAGUUUAACACACGCCUGCACAGAAGCCAGCAGGUUAUUAACUGGGAAGCGCCGGCUGGCUGAUCGUCCGGAAUCCAAGCUCUCCACCUGGAACAGCCAACCGCCGAGCCAAGGGCAGCCGACUCCUGUUGAUACCGAUCGGAGAAGCCUGUGCCAAGACAAGCCGGUGUAACGUUUCCAGCGCACGCUGCCUCUGGGGCAUGUGACUCGCUCCCCUGCUGCUGCUGCCGCCACUGGACACGGCUGUGGCAGAAGCGCUGUGGGAACAGGUGAGCAGCCCGCCAGGCUUCCGCGCAUCAUGCCAGUGGAGACGCUCCAGGCCAGCCAUGCCAUGAAAGGCGUUUCGGCCACCGCGCCGUUCACUUCGGCCAUGCCCUUCCGAAUCCUGAACAAGGGUCCCGAGUAUUUCCGCCGGCAAGCGGCCAGCACCGCCGCUAGGAGGCCCAGCGCCGUGGAAAGGCUGGAGGCGGACAAGGCCAAAUAUGUCAAGAGCCAGCAAGUGGCCAGCACCAGGCAAGAGCCGGUGAGGGCUCUCUUCCUCAAACAGCCGCUUUUCACGCCUGGGGUGCGGAGGGUGAUGCUCACCCCCAGUCGCAAGACCCCUCAGGGGGGGCGCCGGGCUGAAGCCUGCGGAGCCAAGACCUCCCUGAAUUUGGAAAUCCUCAAUAAUCUGAUCAACAUUUGCGACAGCCCUCUCUCGUUCCCCAAAGCAGAGAAGAGCCCCGUGGAGCAGAAGUGGAUGUCAGUGGCCCAGAACAGAAGCGCUGGGAGCCUCCCAGCCACCCCAAGCAAGAAGGGCCCCACGGAAGGCAUGAGCAAAUUCUCCCAAAGCUCCACCUCCUCCAAGCCCCCUAGCACUGUUGCUGUGCGUAGGGUAGAUGUCCGGCCGUGUGGAGUGCUGAGGACAAGAGUCACCCCGACUAUCCAACUGACUCCAGUUCCUACCUCGCCUGCCCACACCAAGAUCCUGUCUGCCAGCCCCCUGAACUCCCCAAGCCCCUGUGGCGAGCUGCGGCCAGAGAGUGCCCGGCGCCAGACCUUGUUGCAUCGAUCCAAGUCGGACCUAAGCGACCGGUAUUCCCGGGCCACGGCUGACUUGGAGCGCUUCUUCAACUACUGUGGCCUGGACCCCGAGGACAUGGGGGACGUGGAAGUGGAACGGUUCACCCGGGCCAGCUCUGACAUUGUGUCUGUCAAGUUCCACAGCGUCAGCACGGCCAGCUCCGAGGGAACCCAAUCCCGACACAGUGCCAUCACCUUAGAGGAGAGGCAGGCGGAGCGCAUGCCUUAUGGGAUCUCCAUCAUUGAGCGGAAUGCUCGGGUCAUCAAGUGGCUGUAUGGACUACGGCAAGCGAGAGAGUCCCAAAAGGUAUCCAACGUAUAGCGGCACUUUUGGGGGUGCCAACAGGAAGAGAGGGGGAACAUUCCCCCCCUUGUUUCUGUGUAUGUUUUGCUAUUUACUGUUGGAGGAAAAACUUUUGAAGCUAUUGCAUGGUUUUGUGUAUGUUCCUUUUGAGAAAUACCUGGUCUGUGUGUGGCGGUAGGGUCCUGCUGAUGAGAUAUCCCUUACGCUAAAUCUCUGUGCUCCUUCCCAUCACUUAGGCCAGAGAAUCCCCUUGCAGGGAAGAGUUUCCGGGAUCCUUUUGACAUAACAUUUGGCUCGACUGGGGAUCAGCAAGAAGUGCAAAGGUGGGGGGAAAUAGCUCAUUAGAAUUUCUUCUCCACUUGGAUUGAGCAGCCUAGAUCAAACAGUGUCCUAGAUUCUUGUCAGGUCCUGCAAGGGAUGGGUAAGGGGUACAAAAGGAUGUGGGUCUUAUUACACAGCUACCACAGGAGAAAGCAAACCUCUAGAUUAGGGGUAGGCUCUCUAGAUGUUGCAGGGCUACACCUCCUAUCGACCCUGAACAUUGGCCAUGCUGGCUGGGGCUGAUGGGAGUUAAGAAUCCAGCAACAUCUGGAGGGCCACAGGGUCCCUAACUCUGCUCAAGGAAUACGAGGUUUUGUUCCUGGUGGAUGCCGGAUACCCAACAUACUCAAACGUUAAGCUAGAAGUUGUGGUUUUUCUUCCCAAGGACUUGAUCACACCUGUUUGUGUGCCAAGCCCUAGGAAUCUGCGUAGUAUAGAGUGACAGGGAUAAGCUUUAGCAAGCAACAAUGGGGUUGUUAACAAUGGAAGCCUUAUGGCUGAGAGGGUUGCAAAAGCUCCAAGCCCAUUGUGAGACAGGUAGAGGAAUGUAAGCUGGUUCUGCAUGCACCCCAGAAACACCUGCUUGGACCAGCUGCCCGACAAAUAGCCAAGCGCCCACCUGUGGCGGCAUUUUGCACUGGACAUUUUCCCAACAAGUCCCAAACCAGGCAGUCCAGCAGAAUCUGGUCCCAAGCUGUCAGAAGCAACGGAGACCAAAUGAUGGGGCGCUGAGACCAUCCUUGAGAACGUUGCAACUGCUUUUGCAACCUUUCGGUAAUAUGUUUUCCAAGUUUUGGGGUUCGUGUUGCGGGCCCCCAGGCUGUUCUCUCUCCCCCACCCUUAGGGAACACCUCUUGUUUCCAGAAGCUUGCGCUUCAGGGCAUGUUGUGGUGAGUCUUCCUUCAAGCAACCGCUGCCUGUGACCCAGUCAUCCACGUCCACGUCUGGUUCUUGCCAAGCAAGCUCUCUACUGGUGGGGGGUGAGCGUGGAGAAAACAGGCUGGUCUUGGCAACAAGGUUUUCUAAAAACGUGGACCCCCCCACCUCCUAUGACCAUCAUAAACCUUUUGAGAGGUGACAUGCUUUGUACAUGGCUCGUGAAAACCUUUUUCAAAAAAAUGGGAAGGCUUUCUAGUACAGCAUGGCUCUACCAGAAGAAGGAUUUUCUCUCCAAGCCCCCAACUGGGCAGUAAAGGGGCGGGGGAUGGGACAGGGGUGGUGUGCAAUGCAUCUCCCCAUCUUUUGUGGAGACCAACGGCCAUGCCUGUCCCUCAGAAGAUGCCGCUGGCUGAUGUAUUGCUCUUUUGACUCUGUUCCAAUACUGAGAACCGCUUCCAGGUGCUUUCUCCCAGCCUGGUGUUCACGCCUCUAUUCUCCUCCUAAGGCUCCUUCUCCAAAGAGAUAAUACCUCUGCAACACAUCCACAGCCGGAUGUUGUUUCACCUGUGAUGAUCUGACCAUUUAUUUGACAUGAGUGGGAUGCUUUGAAAUGCUAAAGAGGCAAAUUCUCCAUGGAGAGCUGGGGUGAGGACUUGGAAGAUUGCACUGGGAAAUUGUUUGGACCCUGGUGUGGAUGGUGUUUGGUUCCUCACUGUCUUGAGUCUUGUUCAGCCACAGGAGUUCCUGUUAAGAUGCGGGACUCGAUGCUGGUAGUACUCCCAUAGGCCACAGUGGGUCUCCUCUGUUACAAAGAAUGGAUGCAUUGUCCCUCUCUCCAGGUUUGGAGUGGAACAGGGGGUUAAAGUCCAGAUUUAGAAACAAAACAAAUGUCUUUGCUGCCCAGGACCUAGUGCAGAAGAUGUCCAUGAGCAAUGGAUUUAUACCAGGAACCUGAUGCCCUCCAGAUGUUUCUGGACUACAGCUCCCAUCAUUCCUCACCAGCAGCCAUGCUGGCUGGGGCUGAUGGGAGUCCAACCAUAUCUGGAGCUUCACAGCUUCCCCAUCUCUGAUUUAUCCAGUUCUGUAAUAGUCUGGCAGUAACAGGAUUUUUCCAGGAUGUUUAGCCAUGCAGGCAUCCAGUUACCCCUCUAGUCACCUACCCCAACUUUUGCUAUGUGUAUAUAUUGUGUGUGUGUGUUUGUGUAUGAGUGCCCCUCCUUCUCUUUGUAUUUCAAAACUCUGAGCCCCACCUCCUUUGCAAUGCUUCUUGCAUUGAAGUUGCCUAAUCUUGUUAUUUAUAAUGUUUCUUUAUAUUUGUUCUUUCAAAGUUUGUAUAUUAUUUUGUGCUGACAGUUAUCCAGUUUAGCGGGGGGAAAACCUGUCAACUGAUUUGUAUUAAAGUCUUGUUCUUUAAA